AUGAUCGCAAUUGGUAUGGAAGGCUCUGCCAACAAAUUGGGCAUCGGCAUUAUGCUGCAUCCCAAGGACGGUAGUCCCCCCCAGGUCCUCGCCAAUAUCAGACACACCUACGUCUCCCCGCCAGGCGAGGGCUUCUUGCCCAAGGAUACCGCGCGCCACCACCGAUCAUGGGUUGUGAAGCUGGUCAAGCAGGCUCUCAAAGAAGCCAAGGUCUCUGUCGACGAUGUGGACUGCAUUUGCUUCACCAAGGGCCCCGGCAUGGGUGCCCCACUACAGAGCGUGGUGGUCGCCGCACGGAUGUUGAGUCUGCUAUGGGGCAAAGAGCUAGUUGGAGUGAACCACUGUGUUGGACUGCCAUAUGUGCUGUCUUCUCUAGCUGAAAAGCGCAACUGGAACAAAAAAAAGGCUGACAUCUCGUACCUCCUAGACAUUGAAAUGGGACGCCUCAUCACUGGCGCAACAAACCCCGUCGUACUAUAUGUAUCGGGCGGUAACACACAAGUCAUCGCGUACAGCUCCCAGCGAUACCGCAUCUUUGGCGAGACGCUCGAUAUGGCAGUAGGAAACUGUCUAGAUCGGUUUGCGCGCACACUGCACAUCUCCAACGACCCAGCACCGGGAUAUAACAUUGAACAGCUAGCAAAGCAAGGAAAGCAGCUAGUCGAUCUGCCUUACGUCGUAAAGGGUAUGGAUUGUUCAUUCUCUGGAAUUCUGGCUGCCAUUGAUGGCCUCGCUAAGGAGUGGGGGUUGGGCGGGGAGGCGAAGGCGAAGGAGGAUGAACAGAGAGCUGGGGAGUCUACAGCUGCAGAUGGUUCAUUGGAAAGCAAGCCCACGCGCGCAGACUUGUGCUUCUCCCUCCAGGAGACAGUCUUCUCCAUGCUUGUUGAGAUCACCGAGCGCGCAAUGGCGCAUGUUGGGUCAAAACAGGUUCUGAUUGUUGGCGGUGUUGGCUCGAACGAGCGCUUGCAGGAGAUGAUGGGUAUUAUGGCAAGGGAUCGUGGUGGAAGUGUUUAUGCCACGGAUGAGCGCUUCUGCAUCGAUAACGGAAUCAUGAUUGCACAGGCUGGUAUGCUGGCAUAUGGAACCGGAUUCCGGACUCCAUUGAGCGAGAGUACUUGUACGCAGCGAUUCCGCACGGAUGAAGUGUUUGUGAAGUGGCGGGAUUGA